AUGGGAAUCCGCCCUAAAGCUCCAAUUAUAAGUGAGAGCAGAGAUCACACAAGUGCUAACUACAUAAUGCAGAUUGAAAACAGUUACCAUAAGAGCUCUUGCGUGGAGACGUACUACCAAUGCAGCCUGCAGUCGACCGAGUCCAAUGUGCUGGCUGAACUGUUUGCUCAGAUCAUUUCAGUGUCAGCCAACAACACUCUGCGUACUCAAGAGCAGUUGGGCUAUAUUGUUUGGAGUGGUGUGAGACGAGCAAGUGGAGUGCAAGGCAUCCGGUUCAUAGUGCAGUCGGAACGCCACCCAGCCUAUGUGGACAGCAGAAUUGAAGCAUUCCUUGUAUCUGCUGGGGAAGAUCUACGUAGAAUGGAUCAAGAAGAGUUCGACAGACACAAAGAAGCAUUGGCAGCUCAACGGUUAGAGAAACCGAAAAAACUCAUCGUCCAAACAGGCCGCUACUGGAGUGAAAUCGCGAUGCAGCAGUACAACUUUGAUAGAGCUAACAUCGAAGUUGACUAUCUACGCAACAAAGUAACAAAAGACGAUGUUAUCAAAUUUUACGACGAACUGCUAAGUGCAAACUCAUCAAAAAGGCACAAGCUGGCAAUUCACGUGUUAUCUAAGGCGGAAGGCGGUGCUGGUACAAUCGAAGAUGGCGAGAAAACAGCUUCAAAUGGUGACGGACAGACUGAUCCGAAUGCUGAGAUCAUAGAGGAUUUGAUUGAAUUCAAGAGCAGUCAGUGCUUGUUCCCGCUGGUGCAGCCGUUCCUGCAAGUGGGACUCCGAUUCCGCUCCACCAAAGCAAAGCUCUGA